AGUGGGGAAACAGUAGCAGCUCCUUUUGGAAUGCUUUCAAGUAGUGCUCGUCGGGUCGUUUUGUUAUAGAGUAGUGCCGUUCUCUGCUCAGAGGCAGGCCCCAAAGGGCUUUAUUUUCUCUUGCGUACGUGGGUGCUUUGCCUGCGUGUGUGUCUGUGCACCACGUGCGUGCAGUGUAUAGGGAGGCCGGAAGAGGACAUGGGACCCCCGGGACUAGAGUUGCACAGCGGGCACUAGGAACUGAACGCUGCUCUUCUGCUGGAGCAUGUGCGCUCUUGACCUGUUGAACAGGACAUAGAGGCUCCGGUUUUAAUAUGCAGAAGCGAAGAGGAAGGACGGGGAGAGUCAGAAGGCAAAGGCAGAGCCCUGGCUCCAGAGGAGUGAACGAGAGCUACAGAUCUGAAUUUAUAGAACUAAAGAAAUGGCUGAAAGAAAGGAAGUUUGAAGACACAGGCUUAGUGCCUGCCUGCUUUCCAGGAACAGGAAGAGGACUGAUGAGUAAAACAUCACUGCAGGAGGGCCAGAUGAUUAUGUCACUGCCCGAGAGCUGCCUGCUCACCACAGACACCGUGAUCCGAAGCUCCUUAGGACCCUACAUUAAGAAGUGGAAGCCUCCUCUGUCUCCCCUGCUGGCGCUGUGCACUUUUUUAGUCUCAGAAAAGCAUGUGGGUGAUCGGUCCCCCUGGAAGUCCUACCUGGACAUUCUACCCAAGUCAUAUACCUGCCCGGUCUGCUGGGAGCCAGAAGUGGUCGACCUUCUUCCAAACCCGUUAAAGGCAAAGGUGGAAGAGCAGAGGGUCCGUGUGCAGGACUUGUUUACUUCCUCCAGAGGCUUUUUCUGUGCCCUGCAGCCCCUGUUUGUAGAGUCUGUGGACAGCAUUUUCAGCUACCCUGCUUUCCUGUGGGCCUGGUGCACUGUGAACACCAGAGCUGUGUACCUGAGGUCCAGGAGGCAGGACGGCCUCUCCGCAGAGCCGGACACAUGUGCACUGGCUCCGUACCUGGAUCUGUUGAAUCACAGCCCCCACGUCCAGGUAAAAGCAGCCUUCAACGAGAGCACCGGCUGCUAUGAGAUUAGAGCAGAGUCACGCUGUAGGAGGCAGCAGGAGGUGUUCAUUUGCUACGGGCCCCAUGAUAACCAGCGGCUGCUCCUGGAGUAUGGCUUCGUCUCCUUCGGCAAUCCUCAUGCCUGCGUGGCUGUCUCAGGAGAGAUGCUGGUGAAGUGCCUCCCACCAGCAGAUAAGCAGCUCCACAAGAAGAUGUCCAUUUUGAGGGAUCACGGCUUUACAGAAAACCUGACGUUUGGAUGGGAUGGACCCUCUUGGAGGCUACUCACGGCUCUCAAGCUGUUGUGUCUGGAAGCUGAGCAGUUUCCAUCCUGGAAAAAAGUCCUCCUUGGUGAAGUAGUCUCAGAUACAAAUGAGAAGACAAGCUUGCUCGCGGCCCAGAGAAUAUGUUCUGAUUUAAUCGAGGAUGCUCACAGUGUGCUGUGCCAGGUUUCUGACCUGAAGGAAGGGAAAGUGUCGCCGAUAGACCAACUCUCUUUGGUGGAAGCGCUGCGGACGGAGGAGCUGAGGCUUCUCCAGGCCUCUGCUGAGAUCCUGAGCAGUUCGCUAGCCUCCUUUCCCUGACAUCACGGGAACACGCGACUCCCUCCUGUGGAGGGAAUACCUUCUGUGUUUUUACUGAGGAUGGAAUAAAUGGACUUUUCUAUGAAA